AUGUCAGAACAGCGAUCACAACACUCAAUGAAUGCUUCCUUCUACAGCGAAUGCGACGGACGGGAAGUGUCCCGGCUGCCACAGGAUAUCGCAGAGGCCUCCUUCUGGGCGUGGUCGUCCUCCUCCUCAGGGUACCAGAGUGGCGUGGGCACUUCGGAAGUUAGUGCUGGUGACCCGCCUGCAUCGGACGACUCCUUGAAUGCUGAUGAGAUUGGAGACGACGACAAUGACGACGACAGCGACUGGGGCGAAGACGAAUGGCCGCUGGACCGCGCCCUACCCCUCCCGGAGUGGGGGUGCGAGAGGCCGGAACUCAACUUCGAGAAUCUGGAGGACUACGAAAGGUUCCUGGGACAAGUGAGCCUCCAUCUUCGCCACGUCCUCUCGGCGCACUGCUAUGAUACCGUCUCCAACUUCAUCCUGUUCAGUAAGGAAUACGUCCUGGCUCAGGAAGAAUACCCGGACCUUGAGGAAUUCUACAGGGACUAUGAUCCUCCAAUCUUACCCGGGCGCUACACAUGUGUCGGUCUGGCUUGCGAUCUCACGACUAGACUGUCUGCUCUUGAGGUCCACUAUCCUGGUCUCAAGGAUUCUGUCUACCAGGUAUCGUGCGAGGAGGAAGUAGACAACGCCGAAUGGUACUGCUCCACCGAAGUCCCGCCUGUCAACACCUGUGAGAAGGAGCACGUGUUAGUCUGCGUCCGCAUUCGCUUGUCAGGCCGAGCCGGAGUCCUGCUGCUAGAUCCUGGCUACCACGUCGGCGUCCCAAUCACAGUUAUGGAGGAUGGCCAGGCUCCGCAGACGGGAGCCAUAAAGGCCAACACCGCACGCCCGGAGGUAGUGAGGACCUACCGCUACAGUUACUGGCCCGACAACCCCGCCUUCGUGUCGUGGGAGGUGACGGAGGAGCGGGAGGGGAAGGCGCCGCACCAUCACAUCAGCUUGAUACACAUUGCUCGACCCUUCCUUUCCGGCGUAGACGUCGCGGAGCGCCGCAACCUCGUCUACCCCUUUAAGACGCUCGUUGGACGUGACCAGAAUGGACGCCUCACCUGCGGCCUCUACUUUCCUUUGCGGGAAUGCUCUCGAACCACAGUGACUCUCUUCUAUCACGUCUUCGGAGACCUGCAGCAGUUGAAAGUACCUCUCACGCACUUCCUCGAGGGGGACGUCCUGAGCGUCUCAACCGGAGCUCUGGAAGAAAAGGUGAAGGCGGCGGUCUCGGGCGUGGCCAGAGGAAUGGGUAGAUCGGGGCAAGACAUCCGCUCGUCUCUGGUCGCUGUGGCAAACUUGCUACACGACAGCGGACUUGUCAAGCAACUGGAGGAUCUGAACGAGGCCAUCAACGAUAUCAGCAAGGAUAAUUAGCUGGCUGCUUUGGGAUGAGGGUUUGAUCUACAUAUAGCUUGAAAGAUGGGAAGCCUACUCAGAAAAUAUAACAUCAGGAAAAUUUAGAUCUGUCGAAGCUUUAUGCAUUCUAUUUUUUUAAACGCUGUUCUCUGAAUAGGUCUCAGUAGCCACGAUACAGAGAGCAGCCUUUGUAUUUACUCCAUUUCCCCCUUCUCUGUUUCUCUGCUAAAAAGCUCACGUUAAGUCCAUCAUUUAGACUUGUUACAACUUCAAUAAUGAAGCCCUCAGAUUCCAAAAUCAUAGCUGCUCUGUAAUAUCAUCUUUUGUUAGUUGCUAUCAGGUUGCACAUUAUAUUUCAGUAGUUUCAGCUGGAUGUAGAAAAUAGAAAAUGGAACACGUAACAGGUAUAUGUACACAUUAUACUUGUUUUAGUGACAUCAAUUUUUUUUAGAAGGUAUUCCAGUGGUAAUUUAGUCAGUCAAGCCACGGAGUGUAAAAUAAAUUAGAGGGAUUGGAAUGGCACCAGAAAAUGGGAAAAGCACGUGAAUAAAAAUCAAACCAAG